UUUGAUUAUAGUCGAUGGACUGUCUUGGAGCAAUAGGCAGCCAUAUUGCAAACCUCUGCGUGCUGCAUGUUUGCAGGUGCUCGAUAAUAAUGGUUUACCGAGGGAGAGGAAGAGGAAGAGGGAGAGGGUUUCCAAGAGGAGGACCAGGUGGACCAAGGGGUUCUUUUCGAGGCAGAGGUCGCGGUUAUCAAGAAAAAUCCCCAUCCCCGGACAAACGAUCUGCCGCUGGCAGCAGAGGAAGCAGUGCGAAGUCUCCGGCAGAAUACGAGGACAACUUGAGAAGUGAAAGCAGGGCACGUGCACGUGCUCCUCCGCCAACAGAUGAAGGGUUGCGUAUCACUGUUACCAAUGAACGAAUCGAUAAAGAUGCCGAGUCGCGGGAUGGCGGUAGACACGACUCUCGGGAGAGGGAAAGACAGCCCAGAGAGCGAGGUCAAAGAGGUCACCAUGAGUCUGACCAAUCGAACAGAGGACGCUCCAGGUCCCCGUUAACAGGGCGCAAGACUGUCGAGGAGAGACUCGGACCGUCUGUGAACAGUCCAGUGGCACUUCCAGUCGGAGGAGAAUCUAUACGCAUCACAGUUGGCAAUGAAAAAUACAUGGAGAGAGCUAAAGAGGAUGCUGUGAGCCGGUUAGGCCCUCCUGUAGAUAGAUCACCUAGGGGACCAGACCCAAGGUCAAGCAGAGAUCUGUAUGAAGUGAAAGAAAGUGAAUACAGAUCAAGUUCUAGAGGAAGGGAUAAAGAGUAUGACAGAGAGCGCCCUAGCGAGAAGUAUGGGGAGAGAGACAGAGAACAUUCCAAAGAUAGAGACUUCAGGGUACGUGGACAUUCAAGAGAUAAAGAAGACAGGUACUUGGAUGAUCGUGACAUGCAUUUGCGCAGGGGCUACUAUGAUCGCGAUGAACGGCAUAGGAAACAGUCUCCAGCAAGAGAAACAGAUGAUCGUGAUAGAAGGGACAAAGAUUAUAGAGACCCUACUCAAAGGUAUGCGUUGCAGUCUGGCCCUCAACCCACUAGUAUGUCAAGAUCCUCUCUGCCAGACAUGGGAGCCUCGGACUAUGGUGUCAGGAAUCCAGAAUACCAACGCCAGUUACCAGAUGAUCGUUAUUCAGCAGCAGGGCCCUCUCCAAGUGCAAGGGUGUUACCGCCUGGUAUGAGGAUAAAAAGUCGCAGUUCAUCUUCUUCUAAUUUACCUGGCAGUGCUAUGAGUGCACCUGAACCCAAACCUCUUAAGUCGUGUCUGAAAAAGAAAGCGCCAGAACAGCCACCACCAGUAGUGAGUUCUGAGGGAAUAACCCAUGUGGUAGAUUAUGGACACGGACGCGCUGGUGAUGUUGAUAUGAGAGGCUUUGGUAGUGGUUCACAAAAAGAGCAAGGGCCACUGGCUGCCUUAGAAACUGUGGAAGAUGAAGAAAAAUUCCUCUAUGGUGAUGACAUAGAAGAACCCACUCCUCCCAAGAAGCCAGAGAUCCCCCCAGGGAUCACUCAUGCUAAAACAUACCCACACACGGAACCUCCUUACCAGAGUAAUGUAGGUGCGUCAUACAAGGAAAGAGAUUACUCAGGUAAUCCUUAUCAAGGUAUGGCAGCAAGCACAGGGUUUACCCAGGGUUCCACCAAUCCUUUAUAUACAGGAAAUGAUCGUUCACCAUUUUCUGCUGGUGACCCAAGUACAUUUUCAGGCAGGGAUCAUGCACAUGCACCUCAUUCUGCUCCUGAUCCCACACCUUCAGUGCACCCCAAAGAGGAAAACCCACCUCAAGACAACACUAUUGAAAACAUCCUGAAGAGCAUAGGGUUUGAUUUUGAGCUCUCUAAAAGAAUGCAGGAACUUGCCCGUAAAAGGGAAGAAGGCUCAAAGAAGCCAGAAAAGAAACCACCAGAAAGAUCAUUUGGCAUCAAGGAAUCUGCUUCUUUCUUGGGUGGCGGUCUUGAUAGUGUAGAUUUAGGUUCAGCUCUUGAAAGGAAGAAAGAACCAACAAACCUGACUUCAGUUGGAUAUCCAGAUCCAAUCAGAAAGGAUGACUCAGCAAAAUAUGCAGGAGGUAGAUAUACAGAUCAACUUGACAGAAAAGAAGAACAUGGAAAAUAUGCAAGCAGUGGAUAUUCAGAUCCAAAUAUACAGCAGCCAAGGAACACCUAUGGGGAACCUGAGUCUAGAUAUCCAAAUUAUGGUGAGGGAUAUCUGAAAGAUGAUGACCGUGAGCCCAGAGACAGAGACCUGAGGAGAUCUCUGGAAGACCGGAAUCUUCAUGAAAGAAGUCGCAGCUACAGUCCAAGUCCUGCACCUGCCAUGGAAAGUUUUGGGGAACUGUAUGGGAGUAGAAAACCUAACUAUAGAAGAGAAAGCUCUGAUGAUCGCAGCUCCAGGUCAAGCAGUAGUAGCAGCAGCAGAGAAAGAAGUCUGUCAAGAGAUAGGGAUUCACCGAAAAACAGAAGAUCAUCAAGAGACAGGAGCCCUCCCAGGAAUAGAGAGGGAAUAGAACGACAAAGAAGUGACAGCAGCUCAGGUGUGGCAGUGCCUCCAAAAGAAACGAAUACUGCCUAUGUUCCUGGCUAUCAAUAUGCAGCACCCCCACCCCCUGGAUAUGGUGCUGCUCCUCCUGUGUAUCCUGCUAUGGGAGGACCAGUGCCAUUUGGACCACCCCCUGGGUUUAGUGGACCCCCUCCACCCCCACCACACUUGCAAGGGCCUGGGUUUGGCUAUGUUCAUAACCCUCCCUGGUUUGCCGGCGGUGCUGUUGGUGGGCCGCCUCCACCAAGGUUUCCUAAUGAAUCGGAGCCUUGGGUGAGAGAGAGGGAGAGGGAGAGGCAAAAGCAAAAAAAACGAGAAGAUGAAGAAUGGCUUCAAGCUGUGGAGGAGUUUACUAGGCAGACAAGCAAGCCACGAACUGUAAUCCCACCAAAAGAUGAGAAAAAGAAGAGACGUGAUGAAAGGAGUAGAAGCAAAGAUGAAACAAGCAAAGACCAAAAAGGCAAAGAAAAGGGAAAGAAGGAUGAAAAACAGGAAGAGAAACAGAAAGUAAAAGAAAAACCCAGUGUGAAAAAAACUAAAAAGUCUCUCUCCCCUGAAGAAAGAGAAAAGUUGAUAAAGGAAAAGGAAGAAAGACAGAAAAGACUAAAGCUGCUAGAAAGUGAACUGGAACGCUUGCGUAAGCAACAAAAUGAAUUAAUGCGCAAGAAGCAACGCCAAAGAGAUGGUCACAAGGAUCCUAUUUUGGUUGAAAAUACCAAAUUACAAGAAGAAAUUGCUACCCAGAUUUCACAUCUACGGCGUUCUGUUGAAGAGAACAGUGAAGUUUUAAAUUCUGAAGGUGAUAAACAAGAAACGGAGGAAAAACGAGAGGUGAAGAUUAUAAAGGUUGAAAAGCAGGACAAAUCAGAAGAAAGAAUUGUGAAGACAAUAGAAAUAAAGCCCAAAAAGGAGAAAAAGAAAAAUGAAAUCGAGGAGAAAGCAUCGAAUGUUUUCUACGAGUAUUUUGACCCUGGCAAUCAUUGGUGUCGCUUAUGUAAUCACGUAUCGCAAGAUGUGUCUGAGGUGUUUAACCAUUUAAAAUCAAAGAAGCACCAGCAGAGCAUGGAUCAGAAUGACGGACCAUGGAUGUCAGAAUCUGUUCUCAACCCUCCUGUGAGACCAAAAAGUGCAAAAGUAGAAACAGUCCCCAUGAAAGGUAUAGAGUUUCUCAUGCCUGUGGAUGCAUACUAUUGUACCUUGUGUAAAGAAUUUGCUGGUGAUGCAACUUGUACUUUUGAGGAUCAUCUGAAGUCAAACAAACACAGUGACAAGUACAAGAAAUAUCUUGAAGAGAACCCUUUUUAUGAAAGGCGUCUUGAUUUGGACCGUGCUGCUGGCACAUGUAAUGUCACAGGCAAGGGCAAUGAUAAUGAUGCUAACAAAGAUAAGGACAGCAAUUGGACUGUAGUUGAUGAUAUAAAAAGCCAGAAGCCAACAUCAAGUACCCAGGAUGAAAAUGAGAAAGAGACCCCUAAUUUUAGUUUAAAUCAAUCUGCCAAAAGGAGCUAUCGUAAAAGACCUAGGUCUCCUGAACACUCUUCAUCAGUUGACAGAGAAUCACCAGAUAGAGGCCGUUCAAGGUAUCGGAAAUCAGAUUACAAUCCAGAGAGAGAAGAGGAAAAAAGGGCAAAAUCAAGAGAUUCUUAUGAAAGGUCUGUGCAUCAAGACAGAAGAAAGGACUCUUACUCAUCGAGGGGUUAUAAAAAAGGUGACAACAGAGGCGACCCUAGCAGGUCAAGAAGCUCAAGAGAUGAUUACUAUGAAAGAAUAUUGUCUGCUUCACGCAGAGAUGAAAAAGACCAUCCAAAAAGUUCUAAUCACAAUGAUGAUUCAAAUGAAAAACCAGCUGCUAGUGGUGGUAGUUCCCAGGCAAACGAUGGACAGUCAAAAAGCAAAAUAGAAAUAAAAUUCAAAGGAAAGUUGCCUGUAAAAGAAAAUGUCUUAACACAGGUGAAGAAAAUGCCAGUUGUCACUGCCCCAAAAAAGCCAGUCCUAAUCGGAGCAAGACCCUCAGCUCUUCAGAAACAAAAGAAAGAUGGCCAUGAAGAUGACAGCUCAAAAGAGACACAGUCACUGGACAUGUUCUUGUCCAUCGAGGGCAGUGGUUCAGAAGUUAAAAAAGCAGUCCCCAUCAAGAAGGAAAAAGAACUCGAGACGGCGAUUGCCCAAGCAUGGGGUAGCAAGAGCAAGAUAACAACAGAGGACCAAAAGGAGCGGGAGGAGGACUUUAAGAUGCUGGGUAUUGAGGCAGACACCAUGACUCCAGCUGCCGUUCCUGUCCCACCACCCAUGCUGCCCUCUAGGGGAAAUAAACCACUUACUUCCAUGGCAUCGUCUAGUGUGGAAGACGUAUACAGUGUGUUCUUCGGUGAAGGAAAACAAGACAGCGGCCAAUCUAAACCUGACUCUGGGAAGGAUACUGGUGAUGAUAAUGCUAGCGUGGGGAGCGACCUUAGCCUGGAAAUGGGCAGUGACUUUGAGGUUCUAGAUGAAAUAGAUGCAGAAUAAUUCAUGAUGUCAUCAAGAACUUUUAAAGGACACAAGAUUGCACCUAAGCCUGCAAAAUUUACAUAUGCCUGUCUUUAAAUAAUGGAGCAACAUUGUGUUAUUCAUGAGUCUCCAUUGUUCUUCAAACUAGUAUCUGAACAUUUUAAAAUUGAUUUUGUAGAGUUAUUGACUAUGAUUGAUUAAAAUUGACAGAUUAAAUAACAAGAAUUUUCCAGACAAAUGUUAAAAUAAUAUUACAUUUUAUCUAUUUGGAUUUUUACCUUUUCAUUGUUGUAUCAUGUAUGUGUGUGUCAUGCAUCUAAUAGCAGUCCAGUCAUAUAUCAAAUAAAUUGCAUUUCAAUUUUAUAAGCACUUGAAGAAUAUUUUAAUAAAAAGAAAAGAAAUUUAAUGAAAACAAGAAGGACAUGCACCAUGAAGAACAGGUCUGUUACUUCAAUUCCAUCCAUUGUUGUGAGACCUCAUUUAAGCAAAAAUGAUGGAAGUGAUUUUCUGCCUUAAUUGCCUUGCUGGACAAAUUUGUCAAAACAUGAACUUCAGCGUUUGCAGAAAUAAUGAAGAUGGUGAAAAUAUUUUACGACUCUAGGAUUACCAAAGAACAUGAAGCAGACAUUGCAUCUUUUUUGCAGUAAUGCAGAGUUGCCAAUGUGACAUUAUGCAAAAUGCGAAGAUAUAUGUUCUCAUUUCUGUCUUAUUAACAGUAAGAUAACACCUGAAAAAAUUGGGAGUCUGGAGUAAUAUGAAGGAUAAAGCAACUCUGGUUAGAAUCAAGAUGAGAACAUCCUUAUUGGAAAAAUUGCAAUCACCAAGCUAUGAAAUUUGUAUUCAUUAUGUAAGCAAUUUUUGUGACAGUUUUACCUAAAAUUGCCAAAUGAGAACAUGGGUGUUUUAGUUAUAGUUAUUGUAAAGCAGUUUUAUAAAUCAAAUUGGGGAUAUUUAAAAGGCUAAAAAUAGCUUCCAGUAUGUUGGUGUAAGUCCGAAGUCUCUUGAACUGUCUAUUUAAAAACAAUGACCACUUGUGAAUAUUUGAAAGCAAUAUAAUGUUAAAUUUUGGAUAUUCAUUAGCAGCCACAAUUGGCUCAAAUGUGAAACCUAUAAUAAUCAGUUAUGUAUGUUUCAUGGAUAUAGAUAGUAAAUUAGUUAAGCAUGGGCAAUAUUGUACAAAAGUAUUCUAUGAAGUGAAUUUAUUGGUUUAAUCAAGUGAAAUAAAUUGAGGGCAGUUCAAUAAACAAGUCUGUUGUAAUUUACUCAAUUUUGGUGUGAUUAAUUAAAUUAAUUUAAAGGGCCAAUAAAAAAUCAGUAAUUGUCUAUGUAGUCCACCUAGUUUUUUCCCUGUCCAAAGUGUAAAGAAUAAUAAAUGGUAUUGCAUUUUAUCUGGCAUUGGGCCCAAGGAGCAGAAUUGACCCUUCAUGCAUUCUCUGCUUUCAGGGAUAUUGGUUCAUCAUCAAUCCCCAUUAAAUGCAAGUCCGACUUGGCAUUUCAAUCUCCGUUACCACUAUACCACUGAUUAGCCAGCAGUCUUAAAGUACAUGGCUCUCAGUCAUUCAGUUAAAUUAUUUUAUUUUGAAUAUGACUUCGGUUAUUAUUGGUCUGUUAGUUACAAGAGAAAUACAAUAUUUACCAAAGGACCUUUAUUCACUUUUAGUAAAAAUAGAUAUGUUGAUGUUACAAGUUAUUGCAUUCACAUUGACCUCUGGUACUAAAAGAAUGAACUAUACUGACAUUGCUCCAUAUUAUAAACAAUACAAAAAUGGUUAUCAUUCUGUACAUUUCUAUAUGCUCUAACAUAUACCUUUCACCAAGUUUUUGAGUAUUGAACUAUCCUACUAUCAAUAGACUAAUGUAGAGGCCAAUCAAUGUAGACUCCUUGUUCAUCAUGUGUAAAUGUUUACAUUCACAUAAAAUCUUUGUCAGUCUCAGUUGUUUUCAAAGACCUUAUUAAAAUCAAUCCUCAUUGAUAAGUUCUUUUUGUUUUCUUUUUUCUUGACACUAUACAAAACUUUUUUCCCAUGCACAAUACUAAGAUGCAAUAGAUCGACUUCAUGCAGAAUAUAUGGCCAAUGUAAAACAUUCUUGCCUGAGAUCUCGUUGAUUUUCAAACUGGAGAAUAAAGCUCCAGUUUACAUUUGAUUUAAUAACUUGUCCAACCUUUUAAAUACCUGGGUUUGCCAUCUUUGAAGUAAGAUUACAACUAAGUCAUUCCACAAAAAAAAAA